AUGUGUAAUCCAAACACCAAACCCACCACCACCACCACCACCACCACCACCACCACCAUCACACCCUCCCAAAAUCCACCACAAAGCCACCUCUACUUGGACAUCUUCGAAACCAAAAAACCAGCAGCCUACCCAAAAACCCAAACAACAACCCAAUUGACCAUUCGAGAGAUUUUGUCAGAAACCAAACAACUCUUCAAACUCUCUCUCCCGAUAGUCCUAACCUCUCUCAUCCUCUACUCCCGCUCCAUCCUCUCCAUGCUCUUCCUCGGCCGCCUCGGCGACACCGAGCUCGCCGCAGGCUCUCUCGCCAUCGCUUUCGCCAACAUCACCGGGUAUUCGGUUCUAUCUGGGUUGGCCCUUGGAAUGGAACCUCUCUGUUCCCAAGCAUUUGGAGCUCAUCGUCCCAAGCUUCUCUCUUUAACUCUCCAUCGCUCUGUGAUCUUUCUCUCAAUCUCUGCAAUACCCAUUUCGUUUAUCUGGAUCAAUAUCGACAAACUUCUUCUUUAUCUUCAUCAGGAUCCGAUUAUAACCCGCUUCGCUCACACCUAUCUCAUCUUCUCUCUCCCUGACCUCUUCACCAAUUCCUUCAUUCAUCCAAUCCGCAUUUACCUUCGCGCCCAAGGCAUCACCCACCCGCUCACGUUAGCAUCGCUCUUCGGCACAAUCCUCCACCUCCCCAUCAACCUCUUAUUCGUCUCCCACCUCCGGCUAGGGGUCGCCGGCGUGGCGGCGGCUGCUGCAGCCUCCAACUUCGCCGUCCUGGUGGCGCUGGUUUCGUACGUGUGGGUUUCUGGCCUGCACGUGCCGACUUGGUGCGCGCCAAGCCGCGAGUGUUUGACUGGCUGGAAGCCGCUCGUCAUGCUAGCCGCGCCGAGCUGUGUUACGGUUUGCCUCGAGUGGUGGUGGUACGAGAUCAUGAUCUUGUUUUCUGGGCUCCUGGUGGACCCCAAAGCCACUGUAGCUUCGAUGGGUGUUUUGAUCCAAACAACGUCGUUGAUUUACGUGUUCCCGUCCUCUCUCGGGUUCGCGGUUUCUACACGGGUUGGGAACGAACUCGGGGCAAACCGGCCCGGAAAGGCUCGGGUAUCCGCGGUGGUGUCCAUACUUUUAGCGGCUGUCAUGGGCUUCCUGGCUAUGAUUUUUGCCACCGGGAUGAGAUUUAAGUGGGCCCGGAUGUUCACCACCGAUGCCGAGAUCCUACGGUUGACAUCAGCCGCUUUGCCAAUCCUAGGGCUGUGUGAGCUUGGGAACUGUCCGCAAACUGUCGGAUGCGGGGUGGUUCGGGGGACCGCCCGCCUGACCACUGCAGCCAACGUCAACCUCGGGGCAUUCUAUCUAGUGGGCAUGCCGGUGGCUAUCGGGCUUGGGUUUUGGGUCCGGAUUGGAUUUUGUGGGCUUUGGAUGGGCCUUCUCUCGGCCCAAGUCUGUUGUGCUGGGCUUAUGUUGUAUGUGGUAGGGACCACAGACUGGCACUAUCAAGCUAUCAAAGCUCAGAAGCUAAUGAGCACAGGGUGUGUACAUAAGGCAACAUUGCCUUGUGAUUGUGACAAAGAAGAGGAGUCCUUGAUUUGCACAAUUGUGACUUCAUCAUGAUGAUCUGACCAUAAUAGAGAUCCAUUAUAAUUUUAUUUUAUUAUUUUUUUUGAAAUUUUUGUUUUUAUGUGUCUUUGUCAAGUGAUUGUGA